CAGCUAGUAAACGUCUUUGUUGGUGUUACGUACACGUACACUGAGGCGAUUCGGUGUGCUUACUUCCAAGGUGGCGAACGAUUCAAUUUGAUAUUAUUGGAUUUGGGAGGCUGGCCUUCCGCUGAUCCAUUAUUGUUCUCAUGACUGAGCUGGUCGAAAAACAGAGCUUCAAUCGAGGUUGGAGAAGCUACCAGCUACCUGGCUACCUAGCAGGCGAUGUAUCAGCAGCUUUCCUGUCGGCCACACUCAUAUCGCCCAUCCUCACGGCGAUAGAUAGAGCCGUCGUCGAAAAUGUCUCCUCCACCACGCGGCCCCUCUCGAUCGCCCUGAAAGAAAACAUCCUCUGCACUUACCGCCACCCAAAGCGAUUCUUCGCUGCGAAACCCUUCUUCUACAUGUGGACACUCUACGCAGUCACCUACACCACCGCCAACAGCGUGAACACCCUCACCACUACUUUCAUGGAUAAAUCCCACGAAAUCCUGGCUAAAUCAAUCACCUUCGUUGUAACAUGCACCGUCAAUGUUCCCCUAGGCGUCUGGAAGGAUAUCCGCUUUGUGCAGACGUUUGGCGGGCGUCCUACACCACCACCCAAAGGCCCCGUCAAUACGUCUCCUAAUUCUAUCAAAACAUCCCCUCCACCACAGAACCCAACGAAGUUCCCCAUAUCAGUAGCAGCAACCUUCCUCGCGCGCGACGCCCUCACCAUCCUCGGCUCUUUUACCCUCCCGCCUAUGCUCUCGCACCGCAUUCCGAUCGCCGACCCAGCGGCGCAGAUGGCAGCGGCGCAGCUCCUCGUGCCAGUCCUAUCGCAAGUCGUGGCGACGCCAGUGCAUUUGCUGGGGCUGGACCUGUAUUCAAAUCCUGAGAAGGGAGAGAGGGGGCAACGAGUGGGGAGGAUACGGAGGGGUUUGUUGGGGACAACGGCGGUGCGGUGUGCGAGGAUUGUGCCGGCAUUUGGGGUCGGGGGUAUUGUCAAUACGGGAUUGAGGGAAUGGUUUAGAGGGAGAGUGGAUGGAUAUGGGUUUCCAAGGCGAAGUGAUUACAAUGUUCAUACUGAUUAA